AUGCAGCAUCUCCAGAAACAUCAGAUUGUAGUUAUGAGUAAAAGAGAAAUAGAAACCGAAAAGUCUUCAAAUGGAGACACUGAAGAAAACGCUAAUAAUAUUGAAAGUGAAAAAUAUUAUGAUACUUGGUAUAUCGGAAGAGUCAUAGACAUUUUCGAAGAGACCAAUACAAUCAAAAUAAAAUUUCUUAAAAGUGACCUUGACUCCUAUGUUUGGCCCAAAGAUGACAUUCAAAAUGGAGAGAAAAGUUAUACGAAAUUUGAGUCCUGGUCCAAAAUGCGUUCUCUUUAUGGCUACUACUUUGCUAGACAAUUUUGA